AUUUUCAUUUCCCCGAGAGCGGCUCGGCUGCUGCCGUUUAACGGUCACUGCUCGACACACGAAGCGCUAAAGCGGCGAUAAAACGUGCCACCGUUUUUUCGUGCACCAUAAAAUAUACAUUAGAGGUACAACUGGCUCGACUGCAACCCGCAAGUAACAGCCAAACUCACACUUCCUUUGGAGUGAGAGACCAUGGGCCGGCUGGAUGAUGCCGCCAAACACAAAGUGGUGGAGCUGCGGAAGGCAGGCCUGAGUUUCCGUAAGAUCAAAGCUGUGCUGGAGCUGGAGAACAUCAAGGUUUCUGCCCAGGCCAUCUACCUGUUCCUGAGGGAGUUUCAAGGGAGGCCGCCAGGGAGGGUCCGACCUGUGGAGGCUGGAAGCAUCACAUCAUCAGCUCAGGUGCAGCCACGAGCUGGGGCAAUACAAGAGGGUUGGAGUAACAUUCAUCUCCAAAACCUUCUGCGGGAGGCAUCUCACCAUGCGGGCUUCACAGCAGCAGCAAACUUUGCCAAACAGACUUCCACAAAUCUGGAUACUGAUGCAAAGCCUUCUGGGUCUGGGGAGGCCAGCAGAGGUAACAGGCCAGAACAGCAACAUGAGGGAGAUAAGGAAGAAAAUGACAUCCAGAUUGUUAGUGUCACCUCCCUUGCACAGAACAACCAACAAAGAAGUCCUCAGUCAACUGUAACAAGGACAGAGGCAAGUGCAGUGUCUUCCACACUAACAGCUUCAGGAGCACUCAUGAGGAGGAGAGUCACACCUUCUCCAGCCACCAAUUCAAUGCUGGCAGCUCGGAAAAGGCUUUUGGAUAAAGCCCUGUCGCACAGGAUGAAGUCAUUCCACCAGAUGGCAUCAUUGUUGAGGAGAGAUAACUCGAGUGUCCACGGUGCUGAUUUGAGAAGUACUGUGCCACAACCGCCUGAAACUUAUGAUCUGACUACUGAAAAGACUGUUAUGGAAGAUCAGUCUGGAGGAGGCAGCGUCCCCAGGCGUUUUCUGACACAGAGACCAGGUCCGUCUGUCCGUUCCCUUCACCCUCUCCCUCGGGUUGGUGUUCGCCUUACUAACCGAUCACCAUCUUCUCUAACAUCCUCGGCUCCUGGGCUUAACGCCAUCCGACUACAGCCCCCUGGAGGCCAGGGCACCACUCGUAAUGAGGGGAACCCAAGCCCCCAACAGGCUGUCCAGGACACCAGAGGGAGAGUUGGUCUGCAGGAUCAGAUUCAGACCCUGGGCUCUGAGGUGCGUAGCUUGGGUCUUGCAGUGAAGAUGCUGGUGGAGCAGCAAUGCCGCCUUGAGAGGGAGCAAGCGCAGCAGACGCACAUUCAGAAGCAGAUACUCAGCACUCUACAGAGUUUUGCCUCCAAACUGGGACAUUGUAGCAGUGUUCAACAGCAGCAGCACAACAAAACUCCAUCACCUUCUGAUUUGCCAACGGAUUCUACAGCAACUUCCUUCAGCCAAGACACAUUCAACUUCAGUCAACUCACAUAUACUCAGUGCAGCCAAACAGAGCAAGGCUACAACUCUUUAGAGAGUUUAGAAAAUGUAGAGGCCUUUAAACUGCCAGGACUUAGCCCUUCUAGCAUGAAUGGGUUUCUACCAUGUAGCAAUGCUGAAAGUCUCCCUCUUACUCACACUCCCCCUCAAACACAGCCUUAUACAGCCACAUACCCACAACAAAACAGUCAAACACUUGUGCCACCCUACUCACAGUCCUAUGUCUCUACAUACAACCAGUCACAUUCCCAGACAUUCAGAGGAUCAGAGAGUAAAACAUCUGAUUUCCCAAGCAGCUGUUCAGCAAGGACUCUCCAGGACUGCAGCGUGUCCACCCAACCACUGGAUCAACAGAUUAAUAUUAUUAAAGUGGAAGGACCAUAGAGGGCUUCAGACGCAAACACAGUGUGUUUUGGAAAUUAAGGGCUUAAAUGUGAUCAUGGAGUGGCUUUGGAAUGAUUAUUUAAGACACGUGUUUUUUUACAGUGAACACUGUA